AUGGAUUCUUUUGUUAGGGUUUUGGUGGUGAUGGCCUUUCUGAUUGGUGCCACGUCGGCAGGCAAUUUCAAUACAGAUGUAACUAUAACUUGGGGCCAACCACGUGCUCAGAUUCUAAACAAGGGCCAACUUCUUUCAUUAUCCCUCGACAACACUUCUGGCUCCGGUUUCGAGUCCAAAUACGAUUUCUUGUAUGGAAGGUUUGAUGUUCAGCUCAAGCUUAUCCCUGGAAACUCUGCCGGCACUGUCACUACGUUUUACAUGUCAUCACAAGGGGCAGCACACGACGAAAUUGAUUUCGAGUUCUUGGGGAAUGCUUCGGGGCAGCCAUACACUGUGCACACAAAUGUGUACGCACAAGGAGUAGGUAAUAAGGAACAACAAUUCCGCCUUUGGUACGAUCCAACCUUAGCGUUCCACACUUACACCAUUCUUUGGAACCCCCUACGAAUCAUGUAA